AUGCUCUCCCGGGUGCCUGCGUUCUCUAUUCUGGGCCUUGUGAUAGUGUGGCUUGUUCAUUUUACGAGCCUCAGCUAUGCAGCCCAUUCCGUUUCUCAUAAUCAUUUGCACACACACCAUCGAAGAGCCAAUAUUGAAGAUGUUGAAGGUAUCAUUGAUAACGGGCUUAAUGAACGUGCCCAUGCCUACGAAAAGCUGUUUUUAUGGGAGGCCUAUAAGAUAAUUGGUCAAAUUGACGGUUACAAUAAACAAAAACUCAUACUUCCUUUCCGCUUGAAGAAUGACGGAACAGCACUUGUCUCGGCCGGGCGAGAUAAUCGACAUCUGAUAACUGUUGGCGGCUCGGAGACGUCGACAAAUUAUGCUUUGGAUUAUCCUGAGUUCAUGCUAAGAUUGGGAGGCAAAAACACGGCGAUCGAGACUCAUCCUGACAUAACGGCGCCAGAUUCUGAGGAUGAUCUUGUGAGGGCAGAGCAGGAGUUGACUGAUAAACAUCUUGAUGGGCUAAUUAAGAUGAAAGAAGUCAACCCUUACCUCAAGGUAGGUGACAGCACUCAAAUUCAUACCCGAUUCAUUGAGAAAGUCACGGAAAGGGUGGACGCAAUCAGAAAUGAUGCGGAGAAGUCUAGUAUUGGGGAUGUUUCCAACCGUCUUAGUCGCGCCGACACGAUUAGUCAACGAAUGAUACUCCUCAGGAAAGCCUCGACAAUCAACUGGCUGAUCAAGUAUCUAACCAGAGACGAUGGUUGGAAUCUCCAAAAAACUGAGGACGGUAUAACCCGUACCACUGUUGCCACCGUGGACGACGCAGAGACCGGAGUUCCAGGUGCAGCCAAGAUAUCCAAAUACCAAUCAAUCGACUUUCCGGCAACCUUUGCCGAUCCACUCAACACUGCAAAGAUUGAAGGGAAGAACAUUGAAAGUGGAGUUGAUUUUCAAACCUGGGCCAAUGAGCUUGGAGACGUUUUACCCAGUACCAAUGGUCCUUCAGCAAGCGACUCGAGUGUUAGCCAUUGGCAAGAGAUCGUUGCUUGGGAGGAUAAAUCUUGGAUAGAUGAGUGUUGA